ACCUAGAAAAGCAAUACCGUGUGGCAACUAUAAAACUAUUUGCUGAAAGACAGUACCGAAUUCUGUUAACUUCGAGUUUUUUACAUGAAAAUAAUGCUUAAAUUCAAAUUAUUUGUGCUCUUUGCGUGCUUAGCUUACAGUUGUGCUGAAGCCGUGGAGAUAGAUUGUAGGCGACCGCCACAAUUAGUUCAACCGAAUCUGUGCUGUAAAGGCGGCGAUAGUGUACCUUCGCUGAAGACGUGUGCUCAACGUCUGGGUGUGAAUCUAGAAGACCAAACAGGUGCAAUACCUCUGCAGACCGCCGCAUGCUUCGCUGAGUGCAUCGUUAAGGAGUCGCAGUACAUUACAGAGCCCGAAAAGGUCAACUUUGAAGCGCUACAAACUUAUCUACAGACCAAAUCCGACAAUGAUACCACGUAUGUGGACACUAUGAUGACUGCCUAUAAAAAAUGUGAAUUAGCGGCACAGCAAAGAAUGCAAAUGUUCCAACAGAUACCGUACGGUGGCGGUGCGAUCGCACAACGGCGCAUCUGCAGUCCCUUCUACGGCAUACUGCUCAGUUGUGUGCACAUGGAGUACUUCAUGAAUUGCCCCGCGCAGCGUUGGAACGAGAAUGAAGAGUGCGCUUUGGCGAAACAAUUUGUAAAACAGUGUACUGUUGGCGCUUCAUGAAGAUAUCACCCAAAUGAUAGUUGUAUUUGUUAUGUAAAUAACGAAAAAUAUAUAUA